AUGGAACGUCAAAAGCACAAGUUAGUGGCUACUGCAAGAUGUGAAGGCGAAGGACCUUGCAGAGGGAGACUGAUAGAUAGACUCAGCCAUCUUCCUGACCACAUUGCCCAUCGCAUUCUUUCGUUCCUUUCCAUGCAUGACCUUGCUCGACUGAGUUGUGUGUCUAAAUGUUGCAGAGAACUUUGUCUUUCAUCUCCGUUUCUGAAUUUCAGUAAAGAUGACUGCGUGGUGGCUGCCGACACGUGUGGCAGGAAGCAAAGGUUGUUGAAUUCUCUGGAAAGGUUCUUUUUGCUUCGUGGGUAUAAUAACAUACAGCGCUUACAUUUUGAAUGGCGUGCUCACUCUAAAAACCAGAAGAACCAAAGCUCAUCAUCAUCUUCACCAUGCGUCUGUCCUGAUGUCUACGUUCGUGUAAUUUCGUGGGUAGACAAGGCGGUGAGGUGUAACCUUGAAGAGCUUAAGCUUAUUCUCCGUCAUAUAGGUGAACCCAAUCUGAUUUUUCCUUCUUUUCUCUUUCUUUGUGGAUCUUUGAAGUCUCUAUGCGUACACAUGAAAGGUAUUCUUAAAACACCCUCGUCGUUUCUCUCUAAUCUCAAAUACUUGGAGUUGUUGCAUGUUGUUAUAGAAGAUGAUGAGGGGUUUUUCAAAUGGAUCUCAUGUUCUUGCAUCCGGAUUUUACGUCUUGCAUAUCCUCGUGGGCUAAAAAAUAUUAACAUCGAAAGCUCGUCUUUGGAGAUUUUUAAUCUUCAUCAGCCCCGUCAUGGUCUUGACACAUAUCACAUCUCUUGUGAAAAUCUUCAAAAGUUAAGUAUCUCCUUGAGAACGGAUUCAUCUAGCAUCACAUCAUUGAAUAUUUUUGCUCCAAAUCUUAAAACGUUGUGGUGGGUCGGGAAUUUGACGAGUCACCCAAAUCUCGGAAAGUUUCAAAGUUUAGAAUAUGCUAAGGUUGAAUUUGAUUCCGUAGGCACAGUUUAUAUCGGAAAAACUCUAAAUUUCAAAUAUACUUCAAUAAUUCUGGGGCCUAGAGCUGGAGUAGAUGACUUUGACCCUUUAUGUGAAGUCUUUCGCAGUUACGCUCUCACUCUAAAGGAAUCUGUCAUUAAGGUUAUGUUCAAGCUGAAAGGGUCCAUUUCAGUUUCAUUCGAGAAUGUUCGUCGUUUGCGUAUAGAUAUUGGGAGCAUAAGUGACGAUGUAGUCCCUCCAAUGGUCUCCCUUUUUAGGAGGAUGCCGAACUUGUAUUACUUAGACAUAAGGCGUAGCCAACGUUUUCAUGACCCUACAUCAUAUAGAUAUGGAUUUUUAUACUGGAAACUGCACAACCUUGCAUUUAUUAAUCAAUUGGAGAGCUUGACCACAGAGCUCUUAGAUGAGUUCAAUGAAGUUGAAUUUGCAAGGUAUAUACUCGAGUGUGCUCAGAAAUUGACGAAAUUUGUCAUAAUUUGUUCACCUCAAAAUUUGGAGGAAGUCAAGAGGAAGUUAGAGAAAUCCAAGAUGAUUUCCAAGGCUGCAAUUGUCUUUAAGGAAGACCGGAAAAGUGAACAAAGACAACUCUUUGAUACCAUUCCAUAA